AGUAAAAAACAGUUGAAACAACUAUAUUUUUACAUUUAACAACUAUAAUUGUAUGUUCAAGUAACGGGUACACAAAUAGUUGAUUUAUUAAAAAAGUAUUUAACUAAAAUAAUGUUGUAUUAGGUAAUAUACUGAUUGGUUUAACUACAAAUUUAGUUGAAACUAUUUAACUUCAUUUUUUAAUUGAAUCAACUUCAAAUUUUAGUUGAUUAAUUUUGUGAACAAUAAUUUGUAGUACCGUUUACUAUAAAAUAUAGUUAUUUAUUUGAGGUUAUGAUGUUACUGUUAUAACUUAUAACUGAUUUUACUGAUUUACCUACGCGCUGCACACACGCUACGAUCCCACAUGUUCGAUGUUUCAAUUACACAUUUUUAGUAUUUUUACAAGUUUUUAUGAGCUAUAGCCUAUAGUCCCAGUUAUUUAAAAACGUAUUGUUUGUGUGUCGUCGUUGAGUCGUCCAGAAGACUAGAACUCCAGGAGUAAAUAUACCGGCUACGCUUAGAACCAAUUUUCCUUGGACCCCCAGGUAAGAAUAUUUUAUUUUUAUAUAAUUGAAAUACAAUUAAGUAUUACAACAAUGUUUUGCCUUGACCAUGAUAUGUUCACUAGGUUUAUUGGCUAUAUUUAUUAUAAGUCGCAAAUAUGGACGAAUUUACAGUAUCAACUCUUAAGGAAUGGGGUUUUGAUAAUUUACUUGAUCGUUUUAAAGAAGAAGAAAUUGAUUCAGAAGCUUUUCUCUCAUUAACUGAAAAUAUGAUUGCCAAAUUAUUACCAACACUAGGAAAACAAUCCAAAUUUAAUAAAGAGCUGAUGAAGUUAAAGGAAAAAAUUAACAAAGAAAAAGAAACAUACUCACUGGUUUCUUCAGAUUCUGUAGGAUCUUUAACAGAAAGUGCAGAUCCAAUAGAUAUAGUCAACUUAGACUUCAUUAUGUGUAAUGAUUCAAACAGUACAAACCCAACUCUAUAUGAUACUGUAAGUGCUGACAAUUUUCAUGUGGCAACUAGUUCACAAAAUGUGUAUACCGAUAUUUCCAAUGCCACAGGGAUAACCACAGAAAAUAUAAAUUCUGGUGACGAUGACUACAUUAAUAAUAUUUUAAAAAAAUAUAAUGAUGGAUUAAUGAUAUUAAAUUACUAUAAAUUUAAUGAUACUUUGAAUUACACUAUGAGGAAUUUGUUAUGUUCGGUCAUAAUAAAACAUGAAUUUCUACAUCAAGGAAAUUCACAAAUUUCUAAAUCUAAAUUUAUAUAUUUAGCAAAAGGUAUUUCAUCAUUAUUUCCAUCUGAGAAUGAAAAUACAUAUUUUACUCCAUAUUCAAAACAAGGAAUGAUUAUAAGUCCUAACAGAGGCAAGCUAUAUGAUAAAUAUUGCAAUUUGAAAAGGAAUAUUUUGAAAUUAAAUAAUAAAAGAAAACCUGCAGAGUCUAAUGAUAGUCAAAGGCAUUUUUCUGAAGAUGACUUUGAAGAUUCCCUGAAUUGGCUAAAAAAUAAUGUUGAACCAGAAAAUAUACUUCACAAACUUUGGAAUGAAACUGCAGAAUUUCGAUUAAAUACACAAAAAAACUUAAAUGUUAUGGAUAUUUAUCUAGCUUUGAAAAAACCAACCGGUCAUUACCUUAUUGACUUAGAUUUUGGACACUUGUAUCCUGGUAAAGAAAUGUGUCUGUUUCAAAAAUUUGAUUUUUUUAAAGAAAAGUUAAAAAUUUUACUUAAACAGAAACCUAUUAAACUUGAGUCAACUUAUUCAAAGUUUCUUAUUAAGCUUAACGAUCCUAAAAAACCUGGAGAUGAUGAUUUGGCUUCACUAUUGUUAAUACCAUUUUUGUUUCAACCUACAAAUGUAGUUCUCAAAAACAAAAAAACUCAUCGACCUUCGAAAAUUGAACAGUCAAGAGCUUUUGUUACUCACAUUGUUUGUGCAAAUGAACUGAAAACUUUGCAUCAACAAAAAAAAGAUCGUGCACUUUUUUUGGGGUUGACUCUUCAACCAUAUGUUGUUGUAAUUGGUGAUAUUGAUGGAUUGGAUCCUAUUCAUGCUUAUACAAUAAUUGACAACACCCAAUUCUUAUUAGAGACUCCUAUAAAAGCAGUUGAUGUAUGUUUUAAAGCUUUUCAUUCGCUGAACCUGGAAUAUCCUGUUGAAUCAAAUCAAGUAUGGUGCUUUAUUGAACAUUUUUUUUUCAAUAUUGUAAACCCUAUAAAAGGUAAACAAUUUUUAUCAAUCCAAACUCUUGUAAAAGAUUUAAACUCUUGUUCUGAUUUAAAUUCAACCUAAACUAUAUUAACAAUUUGUUGUUACCGAGAAUGGUAUUGUAAUUUAAUAUUUUUUUCAAUUUAUAUAAAGAAGGAAGAUUUAAAUUUUUUUUAUUCAAACAU